CUGUCUCUUGUGGACUGGUGGAAACUACCAAGAAGACAGGGGUUCCACAGAGCAACAAAAAGCUACGUGGCUUAGACUUGUGUUGCCCUUCCAUCAAGAAUACCCUGCAAGCAUAUAGCCGACCAGGGCAUGUUAUCCCCAGGCUGAGAAUUAGGAAGAGAACAAGAAGGACGCAAAAGAGGGACCAGAAGCCAAGAGGGAAUGGCAUCUCAGGAGGACUAUGAAACUGGGAGUAAGGAGGAACUUGAUCUGGAGGCGUAUGGAGACCCUUCACUGAAACAGUCUAAUGUGUCACUUGCAAGUGGAAGCAGUAGCUCCUCCUCACCUGAGGGGGAGCCGGGAAGUACGGAGCCUGCGAAGCAACUCAUCUCCCACAAAGCUUCCCAUAAUUCAUAUGUGGAACUUCAUGAACUGGUCAUGGACAAGAACAAUGAGUUUCGCUGGAUGGAGGCUUCUCACUGGAUCAAACUGGAAGAGGACUUUGAGGAGAUGGGGCAUUGGGGGAGACCUCACCUUUCAUAUCUGACUUUCCAAAGCCUUCUGGAGGCACGCAAGGCUUUUAGCAAAGGAACUGUCCUUCUAGACUUGCAAGAAAAGAGUCUAGCUGGGAUUGCCAAUCAGGUCCUUUCCCAAAUGAUCUAUGAAGGGAAACUCAAGCCAGAUGACCAAGAGGUGCUUUUAAGAACUCUCCUACUUCAGCACAGUCACCCUAAUGAAUCAGCUUCAAUAAACACUCUCUCGCCUGCACUGGUGCAGCGGACAGAUGCCAAAGACUCAGCUCAACCACUGUUGCAAGAACAUCACCAAAUUGAGAUGAAGACCUUUUUUAAUGGCUCAGAGCAGGGAGAGUCAAGUAAUAGUGGCUUUAAGAAGCAGCUGUUAGAUAAGAUCCCUCCUGAUGCAGAAGCCACUCUGGGACUGGUUGGCUGUGCCACCUUCCUGGACCAUCCUACUCUGGCCUUUGUACGCUUGAAGGAGGCUGUGGAGCUGGACUCUGUCCUGGAGGUUCCUGUCCCUGUCAGGUUCCUUUUUGUGGUUCUGGGCCCUGAUUCUCCCCACAUUAGCUACCAUGAAAUUGGGAGAGCCAUCUCAACUAUGAUGUCUGAAAGGGUUUUUCGCAAUGAUUCCUAUUUGGCCGAAAGAAGACAGGACUUGGUGAAAAGUCUGGAUGAGUUCCUAGACUGUUGUAUUGUCCUCCCACCCUCUGAGAUCCAAAAUGAAAGACUUCUCAAGAUGUUGUUGCCAGUGCAGAAGGAUUUCCUAAGGAAGAGGUACCUCCCAGCCGAGAAGAAACUGGAAGAGGAGCCUGUAAAAGACCUAGAGCAUGAACUGAAAGGCCAUGACAUCAAACCAGAAGACUCUGAUGACUCCUUGCGCCGAACUGGAAGGAUUUUUGGGGGGUUAGUGAAAGACAUAAAACGUCGGUACCCCAAGUAUCUCAGUGACAUCACGGAUGCUCUGAACCCGCAGUGCCUGGCUGCAGUCAUCUUCAUCUACUUUGCUGCCCUUUCUCCUGCCAUUACUUUUGGAGGCCUUCUUGCUGAAAAGACAAACCGUCUGAUUGGAGUCUCUGAGCUUCUGCUCUCCACUGCAGUUCAGAGUGGACUCUUCUGCUUGCUUGGAGCUCAACCUCUGCUUGUAGUGGGAUUCUCUGGCCCCCUUUUGGUUUUUGAAGAAGCCUUUUAUACAUUUUGUAAGAAUAAUGGCUUUGAGUACAUUGUGGGAAGAGUCUGGAUUGGCUUUUGGCUGAUACUGAUAGUGAUACUGGUGGUGGCUUUUGAGGGCAGCUUCCUGGUGCGCUACAUCUCUCGCUACACUCAGGAGAUCUUCUCAAUCCUCAUCUCCCUCAUCUUCAUCUUGGAAACCUUCUUCAAGCUCAUCAAGAUUUUUAAAGAGCAUCCUCUGAAAGAAGUGUAUAAAAACAUGACUCUUUCCAGAGAUGAAGAACCAAGUGACCCUGUACCCAAUACAGCUCUGCUUUCUCUGGUGCUCAUGGGAGGAACAUUUUUCAUUGCUUUCUUCUUGCGCAAGUUCAAAAACAGCAGUUUCUUCCCCGGCAAGCUUCGACGGGUGAUUGGUGACUUUGGUGUCCCUAUUGCCAUCCUGAUCAUGACAUUGGCAGAUGUUUUUAUUAAAGAUACCUACACUCAGAAAUUGAAGGUUCCCAAAGGCCUUCAAGUCUCCAAUCCUGAAGAGCGGAAUUGGUUUAUCCAUCCAUUAGGAACUGGUUUUCCCAUCUGGAUGAUGUUUGCUGCAGCUUUGCCAGCUGUCCUGGUUUUCAUUCUCAUCUUCUUAGAGACACAGAUCACCACGCUCAUUGUAAGCAAACCUGAGAGGAAGAUGGUGAAGGGUUCAGGUUUCCAUCUUGAUCUCCUUCUUAUUGUUGGCAUGGGAGGUAUCGCACCACUUUUGGGCAUGCCCUGGCUGAGUGCCACCACAGUGAGGACCGUCACGCAUGCUAAUGCCCUGACAGUUAUGUCCAAGACCACUGUGCCAGGAGAAAAGGCCUACAUCCAGGAGGUCAAGGAACAGAGGGUUACCGGCUUCCUGGUGGCUAUUCUUGUGGGCCUCUCCAUACUCAUGGAACCCAUCUUGAAGUUGAUUCCACUUGCAGUACUCUUUGGCAUCUUCCUUUACAUGGGGGUGACAUCUCUCAAUGGAAUUCAACUAUAUGACCGCAUCCUUCUCAUGCUGAAGCCACCCAAAUACCAUCCAGAUGUGUCUUAUGUUACAAAAGUAAAAACCUGGCGUAUGCACAUCUUCACCCUCACCCAGAUGCUCUGCCUAGGAUUGCUGUGGGGAGUGAAAUCCAGCCCAGCCUCCCUUGCCUUGCCUUUCAUACUCAUCUUGACUGUUCCUCUUCGACGCUUCCUGCUCCCUGUCAUUUUCACAAACCGUGAGCUCCAGUGUUUGGACGCUGAUGAUGCUGAGGUGACUUUUGAUGAGGCAGAAGGCCAAGAUGUCUAUGAUGAAGUCCAGAUGCCUGUUUGAGCACCCAGGGUGCUGCUGCUGUAAUUAGGCAAAUGAGGAACCAAAAAUUAUUUCCAAAAACAUUGGACAACAUCAGAAUCUGGAGGAAGAUAUCCCUAUAUCUAUAUGAAUCAGAGUAUAUAUAUAUAUUAAUUUCACAUUGCCAAACAUUCCAGUGGCGUAAAUAUACAUGAUUGUCAACACAUGGAUCCUGUAGGAUUUAAGUAACAUAUUCUUCUUCCAGAUAAUUAUAGUUCUAUAGUAAAUCUUAACAUUUCUUUCUUAAGAUUUAGGAAAUAGAUAUAUUUUCCCAGAAGGGGAGGAAAAUACCAAGAUAUGCACGGAUUGUUGAAGACAUGAGACAUGUCAACAGUGGACUCCAUUUUUAAUACAGCCUGUAACCCAGUUGCUUCUCUUCUGUGUGUGUGUUUGUGUAUUUGUGUGUGAAGCUUUAUCAGUUGGACAUAGAGGAAUCAACCUACUCUUCUUCCAAGAUAAGAAGCAUUUUUGUCACUCACAUUGCUAGACCAUGUACACCAAUGUACGUAUGUCUGUAGACAUUUUAUGAAAGAAAUGCUGAACAUCCAACACUAUUCUCAGAAUUGAUGGACCAUCUAAUGCUGGAGUGAAAUGAAGCUAAGAAGAAAGAGUGAUAAGCUUUUUCUUGGCCACUGGAAUUGCAGAAUGGGAAAAAGAUGGACCAUGCAAAUGAGGCACAGAACAAAGAAGAAACACACUCAGGGUGCCAUCUUGGCAAUGGAGAGAAGCAACAAGCAUAACCUCAGGACAGAAACCAGGAGUGGAAGUGGCAGAACCAUCAAGUUUCAAGGAUCAAGAAUGCUUGUUGGCUAUGAAAUGCUGUCAGAUGAAUCAAAUCCAUCAUAGCCUGGGAGGAGGGGAUAACACAUUCUAAAAAUUGGCUUCCGUGGAAAGCUUGUCAUCUUUUCCUUUGAAGCUGGAUUUUAUUUUUUGUGAGUUCAUCCUACUACCUUCCCCACUGGCACUUGAACUAUGAUAAUAUGAUGAAGACAUCGUCCAAAUGAUAUCCAAGUACAAUUCUGCCUUGGUUACUUCUGUUGCUUGCUUGUUCUUGUAGUUAGUUUUUAACAAAUGCUACUGCUUUUUUCCCUAAGCUGGCAUCUAUCCAAACUCCUAGCUGAGAAAAUAUGCCACUUGACAGAAAAUUAGCGUAUCCCAGAUUAUAAUAACUAGAGCUGUAUAGCUGAAAGUGCAGGCAUAAGCUACUAUCUGGUGCAUAUUGACAUCCUGAGACUCUUAGCUUCCAAUUAAAUAGCAAUAUUUUUAGUCCUCAUGGAGCAGAAAAAUCUUGUAAAUCUCACCAGUCUGUCCCUCCCCUUGCUUAUUAACCAUUCUGAAGUAUCCAAGAAGCCAAGCUAAGCUGAUGUCUGCAAACAGGCUUAAUUUACACAAAAGACUGUUAUUGCAAAAUAGGGAUUUAAUUGUUGCACACCUUACUUUAAAGAUAUUUCACACGUGUCAAUCUCACAGUGCUUUUAUACAACAAUAUACAACUUUAUCCCUCUCCCACCUCAAGUCUCUGCACCAGGUGUGGUUAGCAGCUCUGAAUCAAGCUCUGAGUCCACAUUAACUCUCAUUUGGCCAAGCUUUCUUCAAAUGGUCUUUGACAAUCCACUUUUUCUUUCUCAGUAACUGCCUGUGUUGCCCACUGAAAGUUUGUCUCAUUUUUUUUUUCACCUGAUUUUUUUUUUCCUUGGGAAGUGGCACUGAAUAUAGGAGCUAUAUUAAUGCAGCAGGUUCCCCUUCCUGCUUAUGAUGCUUGAAAAUAUUUGUCAUGGUGGUAUGAAUGCAAUACUGGUAGUAGUCAUUUCAGCAAUAUUAUUAUUUGUUAUUUCCUAAAAAAGAAUAAAGGUGCUAAAGCUCAACAAUAUCUGGAAUCCUUCGAUUUGCCAAUGCCUGCUUUCUAAUCCCAGGCAUGCAUGGGCUACCAUGGUGUUGCAGUAUGAAUGAAAACUUUCUGUGCGUGCCUAAGAUGCUUUCUCUUUAUUAUUUUACAUUAUCCAGAAUUGAAUCCUGGCUCUAAUGAAGCACUGCUUAACAUAAGUUUGAUUAGCAGCAGGACUGGGGGAAAAAGAAACGGUAAUAUUUCCUCAUGCGAUGCAUAAACAAUUUACGGAACUUAUUGUCCCAUGUUGUAAUGAUGGACAUUAGCUUCUGUCACUUUAAAUAAGGAAUUUGAUAUGUUAAAGAUGACUAGAUCAGUAUGUGUUAGUCAUGACAGCCAAAUGGAACUUCCUUCUUCAGAGGUAUUAUGCCAGAUUAUGAGCAUAAACUAAUGAGAUGACCACUGUUAUUGUGUCCUUCAUGAGAGCUUCUCAGUUUGUGACUUCUGUUAAAAGGCAAAAAAAAUAAAUAAAUUGGGACCCACAGUCUGAUCCAU